GCUAUCCCGCUUCUACGAAAGGGACAGAGUGCAGCCAUCACAAUGUCUCAGGUUCAGAUAUCCUGCCUACUUGCCAAUGCUUUUUUUUGCACCUUCCCUCACCGUAACACCUCCAGUCCCAACGCAGAGUACUCUGGUUACCCCAGCAUCAACUUCAACAGUCUAUUUGGAAACUGGUCACGGAGGAAGGGAGAAAAGUUGAGGGCCAUCAUGUAUUAUUUUAAAGAAGUUACAGAUGAAAGUACCCGACCUAAAGGACUGGUGACAUUUGAGAGGGAGUGCCUCAGCUACACGGACAUGCCCACAUGGGAAAGCUGUAAGGCGAAUCUGUCUAAACUUCAUAUCACCUCAGAAGGUCAGAUUGAGCUUGAAGGUAAAGGCAUGCUUCAGGUAGACUUCGCUAACAGCUUGAUAGGUGGAGGUGUGCUGGGCUCUGGUCUGUUGCAGGAGGAGAUCCUGUUCGUUAUAAAUCCAGAACUGAUUGUAGCUCGCCUCUUCACAGAGAAACUUGAAGACAAUGAGUGUCUGAUCAUUACAG